AUGCGCCUGUGUCUCGCCCUCCUGGCGGCCGUGGCCGUGGAGGCGCUGGGCGACCUGCCCGCCGCCAACAGGCCGCAGUUCCACUUCCCUCGCCUGGUCAGGAGAGACCUCGACCGCACCCCAUGGGCCGGAGGGAGAGAGCGACACCAGCAGGACAUGGACAGGCGCGAGGUCGUCGUCGUGCCGGUGACGGUCCAGAUGAAGGCGGACGGAAGCCUCGUCACCCUGAGCGGAGAGCCGUCGUACGCCUACGACGCCGUCAUGCAGCCGACGGGGGAUGUCACCACUUCUACCUCCAUCACCAGCCAGAGUGCCAGCCAGAGCGCCAGUCAGAGUGCUCCAACGGCCACUGAACCGACGGCCACCGAACCGACUGGGCCAACGGGACCUGAACCAACCGGACCGACUGCACCAACUGCACCAAGUGAGCCCAGUGAGCCAACGGUCCCUACUCCAACGGUCCCUGAGCCAACCUCUCCAACCGCUCCAACGGCCACUGAACCAAAAGUCACUGAACCAGGCACACAGCCAGGUACACAGCCAAGCACUCCAGGAACUCCAGGAACUCCAGGCACGCCAGUCACUUCGGCCACUUCGGCCACUUCAGUCCCUCCAAGCAGCGGAAGCAAUGAGCCCAGCAAUGGACCGGUCCCUCCGCUUAGUUCUAUACUGUCGCCCAUCCUGCCGGGCUCCUCCAAGCCCGCUGAGACGGCCCCUGAGACCCCUACGGUGCCUCCAGCGGAGCCAACGACCGUGUAUACGCCUCCAACGGCGCCUACCAUGCCCUCGAUGCCCAGCAUGUCUCCCUCUGAAGGCGUCAGCCACACCGGCCCGGCCACUGGAGACUCCAGCACCUUGAUCCAGCUGCCCACCUUGUUGCCUCCGCAGUCAAGCUCUGCCCCUGAGCAUACUCAACCUACCAGUGAGCCUACCCAGCCCGGAACUCAACCUGGAACUCAACCCGGAACUCAACCCGGAACUCAACCCGGAACUCAACCUACCAGUCAGUCCGGGUCUGCCACCCAGCCAGGAACCCAGCCUACCACGCCUGGUGAGUCUACUACAGGGUCGCCCGUAUUGCCUAGCAUCCCUACUACCUCCCCAUCCGAGGGCAUCACGUACCCUGGAGGCGGCACCGGCACCAGUCCUGCUCCCACAGAUUCCUCCAGCGGCACCGGUAUCAUCCCUACUCUGCUGCCAACCCUGAUCCCAAUCUCGUCUGGUACCACCUCCGGCUCGUCUGGCUCGUCUGGCUCAACUUCUGCCUCCGUACCAACUGGCACCACUUCCGGCUCUGCGUCCGUUCCAACCGGCUCGACAUCCCCCACUGACUCUGCCUCCCUCCCAAUCUCCAUCUCCCUCCCAAUCACUCUCCCGACUGGCGGCUCAAACACCACCGACUUCCCUACCUACUCGACCUCCGGAAAUCCUGCCACCAUCACCGGCCCUGGCAGCGGAACCGCCACUCCCACCGGAACCGAGACCUCUGGAACUGCCACGGGCACUAUGACUGGAACUUCCGGCACCGAGACCGGCACCUCUACCGGAACAGACACCUCAAUGCCAACCUCGGUGACCUUCCCGUCUCUCUCCAUCCCAACUGGCACAGCGUCUUCCACCGGCACCGCGCCCACGUCGAGCACGUCCGGCGUCUUCCCUUCCUCGACCGUCAUCAGCGGUACCGCCGUCACUCCCACCAGUACAGGCACCACGCCCAGCACCUACACGUCUCCCCAAUCCACCGGGUCGGCUACCUCGUCCAAUACAGCCUCAGAGACCUCCGAGACCGUCUCGGGGAGCAGCAGCACCAGGCCUUCUACCAUGACGACCGUCACCACCACCCCAACGCCAGCACCAACGCCCACCACGCCCAGCACCAGCGUCCCCCUCUCCACCAACACCGAGACCACUCUCUCCGUGCCCACCUCCAUCAUCGUCCAGACCUCCACCACCACUACAUCGACCACCGCAACCCAGUCCCCCAAGCCGCUUCCGCAUAUGAUCUCUCCCCCCAACGCUCAGGCGCCGCCGCCAAAUUCCAUCCUCAUCCAGCUUGGCUUCAACGCCUCGCUUUCCUACGAGUUCCUCGCCGUAAACACCGACGCUGUCGCCCAAGUCCUCAAGUUUGUGCCCCCAGGCGUGGCCUACGGCAUCGAGGUGGAUAUGUCUUCCACUCCCAUCGCCGGCAUCAGCCCAUACGACCCCGGUACCAAAAAGGGCUACACCACCGCCGUCGUGCUCAUCUACAUCCCCAAGGACCUCCUCGCGCUGCUCUCUUCCAGCCUGACCACCUUCACCUCCAGACUGUACUCUAACCCAGACACCUCUGUCCACACCAUCCUGGCCAUGCUCGAUCCCACCAUCCCCUUGCUUCCAGGCGGCGGAACUAUCCCCAACCCCGGCGGCCCAGGCUACCCGUCCGGCGCCCCUGGUUCAGGCGGUGGCGGCGACGAUGGCUCUGGAUCCGACGGAGAGAACAAGGGCAAAGGUCCAGGUGGCUCGGCCGGAUCGUCGGGCAUCAGACCCAGCUCGGUCGGCAUCGGCCUCGGCGUCGUUGGCGGUGCCGCCCUGUACGGAGCAGCCAUGUUCUUCGUUGCUCGCAGAUACAGAAAGAAGCGCAACCUCCAUCGCCGAUCUGACUCUCUCACCAGCGGCGUGGGCACCCCGGCUCCAUACCACGACGACCACCGUGCCGGCAGUCCGUUUGGCGCCUCGAGCAUGAACGAACGAUACUCGAGAGCCGGCAGCGGCCGCACAGCACAGAUCAGUGCCCCUGUCAUGACUGAGAACUCUCUCGGCUGGAACUAG